CAAAUCAUCUGUUUUAAUAUUUUUUAUUUUAAACUAAAUGCGAUCAACGUUAAGCAAAAUUUUAGUAUAUUCGUAUGUUCAACACUGUAAAAAGCAAGCAAACCAAGCCGUUUCAUCGCUUCUUCAACUUUAAAGCUUUUAUUUGGUGUGCCAACGACUGCGACGUCAACGUCGCCACAGGCAGACAGAAUUGCGCCCAUACAAAGCAAAAUUAACAGCGGUGGCAGUUUAGUUCCAAUCGCCGGAUGCACGAGUUCAUUGUUGUUGACCGCUUUUGUGCCAAGGAAUCUUAAACUACCAAUACGGCAUUAUUUUGGUCCGCCGUUUGCAAAAAUAGAAGCGCCACCCUUUGGUUAACAGGCAACAACUCAAGGUCACCACUUAAGCCAACACCGACGCGUAUCGUACUCAGUAUGGCGUAUCACAAGCCGGAAGCCAAGACUGUUCAGGAUUUGAAAGAUAUUGCGCACAAGUUGCGUAUUGAUUCCAUCAACUCAACCCAGGCCUCCAAAUCGGGUCACCCAACAUCAUGCAGUUCUCUUGCCGAGAUCAUGUCCGUGCUGUUCUUCCAGCAGAUGCGUUUGAACAUGAAGCAUCCCCGUGAUCCCUCCAGCGAUCGUCUGAUCCUGUCCAAGGGUCAUGCGGCCCCCAUUUUGUAUGCCGCCUGGGCAGAGGCGGGCUUGUUUCCCGUGGACGAGCUGAAGAACUUGCGCAAGAUCGACAGCGAUCUGGAGGGUCAUCCGACGCCGCGUCUGAAUUUCAUAGAUGUCGGCACCGGAUCUCUAGGCCAGGGCGUCGCCGUGGGCGCUGGCAUGGCGUAUGUGGGCAAAAAUUUCGAUAAGGCCGACUAUCGCACCUAUGUGAUUGUGGGCGAUGGCGAAUCCGCCGAGGGCUCCGUCUGGGAGUCGCUGCACUUUGCCGCCCACUAUGGCCUGGACAAUCUGUGCGUGAUCUUUGAUGUGAACAGGCUGGGCCAGUCGGAGCCCACCUCGCUGCAGCACAAAAUGGAUGUCUACCGGGAUCGUUUGGAGGCGUUCGGCUUCAAUGCGCUCGUCGUGGAUGGCCACGAUAUCGAGGAGCUGUGCAAGGCGCUGCACUGUGCGGCAAGCACGAAGAGCAAGCCCACGGCCAUCAUUGCCAAGACGUUCAAGGGCAAGGACUUUCCGGACAUUGAGGAUCUGGACAACUGGCAUGGCAAGCCUUUGGGCGACAAGGCGCCCGCCGUCAUCAAGCAUCUGCAGAGCCAGAUUGUCAAUCCGAACGUCAAGCUGACGCCCAAAAAAAUGUGCAAAUCGGGCCAGGCGCCCGAAGUGGACAUCAAUAAUAUUAAGCUGUGCGCACCCCCCAACUACAAGCUGGGCGAUGCGGUGGCCACACGCCUGGCCUACGGCACAGCGCUGGCCAAGAUUGGCGCCGACAACGAUCGUGUGAUUGCCCUCGAUGGCGAUACCAAGAACUCUACGUUCUCCGAUAAGCUGCGCAAUGCCUAUCCAGAACGUUAUAUCGAAUGCUUCAUUGCCGAACAGAAUCUGGUGGGCGUGGCCAUUGGUGCCGCCUGCCGUCGCCGUACCGUGGCCUUUGCCUCAACGUUUGCCACGUUCUUUACGCGCGCUUUCGAUCAGAUACGCAUGGGCGCCAUCUCGCAGACGAACGUGAACUUUGUGGGAUCCCACUGUGGCUGCAGCAUUGGCGAGGACGGUCCCUCACAGAUGGGCCUGGAGGAUAUUGCCUUGUUCCGCACUAUUCCCGGCAGCACCGUCUUCUAUCCCUCGGAUGCGGUGAGCACCGAGCGUGCCGUUGAGCUGGCCGCCAAUACAAAGGGCGUGUGCUUUAUACGUACCUCGCGUCCCAAUACGUGCGUCAUCUACAACAACGAUGAGAACUUUGUCGUUGGACGCGGCAAGGUGGUGCGCCAAAAGCCCUCCGAUGAGGUGCUGCUCAUUGGAGCCGGCAUCACACUGUACGAGUGCCUGUCCGCCGCCGAGCAGUUGGAGAAGGAGUGCAUCACGGCGCGUGUCAUCGAUCCCUUCACGGUGAAGCCACUCGACGUGGAGCUGAUUUUGGAGCAUGGGAAGCAGUGCGGCGGCCGUGUGGUUGUCGUCGAAGAUCAUUACCAGCAAGGCGGUCUGGGCGAGGCUGUGCUCAGCGCUCUCGCCGAGCAUCGCAAUUUCGUGGUGAAGCAUCUGUUUGUGCCCACGGUGCCACGCUCUGGACCACCGGCCGUUCUGAUCGACAUGUUCGGCAUCUCUGCUCGAAAUAUUGUAUGUGCCGUCAAUAACAUCGUCAAGAAGUGAGCAAUGGGACCUUCAAACCGGCAGCUCUAUAUAUGCACACUAAUUUCCAUUUUCCGCUAUGUUAAAAUACGAAUUUUUUAUUAAAUUUACAGUAAAUUCUAUACGGUCCAAGUA